GCUGAGCGUAGCGCUGUCAUUGAAAGGCCCGCCCGCUGGCACGAAGUAGUAACGAUGGCUGGGGCCGGGGAAGAGGACAAGGAGCUGGAUGAGCUGCUGGACAGUGCACUUGAUGAUUUUGAGACGACUAACCAACCUCCCCAAGCCUCAAACACAGAUACAAAAGCUCCUGAGGCUGAGAAACCUCCUGGAGAUGCUGCCAAAGACGCUCUCUUCACAUCCCAAGACGAGUUCUUCCAGGAGUUGUUCAGCAGUGAGCUGGCGGCACAGCAGUUUGAGAAGGCCAUGAAGGACCUGGCUGAGGAGGAACCUCACUUGGUGGAACAGUUCCAGAAACUCUCCGAGGCUGCAGGCAAAGUUGGAAGUGACGAGACCUCACAGCAAGAGUUUACUUCCUGCCUGAAAGAGACUCUCUCUGGUCUGGCCAAGAAUGCAGAUGAUUUGCAGAGCUCUAGUCCGUCUGAGGAGGAGUUGGCCAAAGCAAUGGAGGGUCUGGGUAUGAACGACGCAGACGGGGAUGGGAAUAUCCUGCCUCUCAUGCAGAACAUUAUGCAGAAUCUCCUCUCCAAGGAAGUUUUGUAUCCGUCCCUCAAAGAGAUCACAGAAAAGUACCCAGAGUGGCUGAGGACUCACCGGGACUCACUGCCAGUUGAGGAAUACAACAAAUAUAAGGAGCAGCACAACCUCAUGGGGAAGAUUUGUCAGCAGUUUGAGUUGGAGCAGCCUGGCAACAGCGAGGCAGCACGAUUUGAGGCUGUGAUGGAUCUGAUGCAGCAGCUCCAAGAACUAGGGCACCCGCCUAAAGAACUCGCAGGAGAUUCUCCUCCAGGCAUGAACUUUGACCUUGAUGGAGUAAAUUUGGCCAGUCCAGGAAGUGCCAAUGGGGAACAGUGCCUGAUCAUGUGACACCCAACUCAAGCAUGAUGGUGACCUGAUCUUUUUAAUUCUAUUCCUGGACAGUAGUGGGGUAAUUGGGAGAUGGUAGAAGGAAGCUCAGCAGGUUCCUAAAGUACAUGAAGGAAAGAAACAAUCUCUCGGCAGCUCCUCCCGCUACAAUGGCACAUUCUGGCGCUGCCUUAUUUUACUUACUAACAAAAGAAACUAAGGACAAGUUGAUUGAUCUGUAAUGGGGUCACAGAUGUGUGUGUAACAGCUUCUAAUGUAGAUUAACCUUCUUUUUUAAAAAAAACAAUCACUUUAUAGACUCUCAACAUGUCGACCGCUCUCUUCCACAUGAACACAAGCGGGAUUAUCCGUCCUAUUCGGCCCCUUAUGUGGUUUAGGGGGCGCGGUUUAUAUGGUUGGUUUGAAGUCAGCGGUGGGGCCGUGCAAGUUUCUGAAGUGCAAAACUUGAAAUAAAAUGUCAUCAGUUUAAA